AUGUUAAAAGGAGCAGUUGCUAAAAAAGGUCGUUGGAGUAAAGAGGAAGAUAAGAUGUUGGUAGAAUAUGUAGACAGAAAUGGUCCAAGAAAUUGGAAGGAUGCUGCAGAUUGUCUGAAAAUUCGAAAUCCUAAGCAAUGUAGAGAGAGAUGGGAUGGUCAUCUUAAAUUUGGUGGUAGUCGUGAAGAAGAAUUGGAGGUUACUAAAUUACGUGAAGAAGGUCUCAGAUGGAGAGAUAUCGCAAAAAAAAUCGGCAACGGUAGAACUCCCAAUUCUAUUAAGAAUAUUUACGUGCAAAAACUAUGUAAAGGACCACACAGACCAUUCAAAAUACAAAAGAGCAUAAAACCAACAAUUCAUAAAGCCAAAGAAAGAUGA